AUGUCGAUCGAUUUCCCCAAAGAAGAGGAGGCUGUCCUCAAACGCUGGAAGGAAAUCGGCGCUUUCGAACGUCAAGUUGAGCUAUCUCGCGGUAGAAAGCCCUAUACCUUCUACGAUGGACCUCCCUUCGCGACUGGCCUACCCCACUAUGGCCAUCUGCUGGCCUCGACAAUCAAAGACAUUAUUCCUAGAUAUUGGUCGAUGAAAGGCCACUACGUCGAGAGGCGAUUUGGCUGGGAUACACACGGGGUGCCGAUUGAAUAUGAGAUUGACAAAUCCCUGGGAAUGUCCGGAUCCGAGGCAGUCGAAAAACUCGGUCUUGCGGAAUACAAUGCCAAAUGCAGGGCAAUUGUUAUGAGAUAUGCUUCGGAAUGGAGGCAGACGAUUGAUAGGCUUGGCCGUUGGAUUGAUUUUGAUAAUGAUUAUAAGGUGAAUUAUCCCGAUACCAUGCUUUUCCAUCACCAUGCAACUAACACGCUCAAGACAAUGGAUACCACUUACAUGGAAUCUGAGUGGUGGAUCUUCAAAAAGCUAUACGAUAAAGGACUGGUUUACCGCGGAUAUAGAGUCAUGCCAUUCUCUACAGCCUUAAAUACACCAUUGAGCAACUUCGAAGCAUCGCAGAAUUAUCAGGACGUCCAGGAUCCCGCCAUUGUCGUCUCGUUUCCCCUUAUUGAUGACCCCCAGACCAACUUAUUAGCAUGGACAACUACACCGUGGACCCUUCCAUCGCAUCUUGGACUUGCGGCGCACCCGGAUUUUGAGUAUAUCAAGAUCCAUGACGAACAGUCAGGCAAGGAUUAUAUCCUAUUGGAGGCAUUGCUGGGAACCCUUUAUAAGAACCCGAAAAAAGCGAAAUUCAAGAUCCUAGACAGGUUUAAGGGUUCAACGAUGGAGGGAUGGAAAUACACACCCCCGUUUGACUAUUUUUAUGACAAAUUCAAAGAUAUCGCCUUCAGGGUAUUGAUGGCCACCUAUGUCACAGCAGACAGCGGUGUUGGGAUAGUUCACCAGGCGCCUGCUUUUGGUGAAGAAGAUUAUAAUGUUGCCCUAAAAGCAGGCAUCAUCACGGACCGGAAAUUACCACCCAAUCCAGUCGAUAACCGCGGAUGCUUUACCUCUGAGGUUCGCGAUUUUGCUGGAGUUCAUGUAAAGACAGCAGAUAAGGCAAUCAUCAAACAUCUAAAAGAAGCGGGCCGUAUUGUUGUCGACAGUCAGAUCACCCAUAGCUACCCCUUUUGCUGGCGAUCUGAUACCCCAUUGAUCUACAAGGCAGUUCCAGCUUGGUUUGUGAAAAUUGGGCCUAUAAUCCCCGAUAUGCUCAAAGGGAUUGAAGAUUCGUAUUGGGUGCCAUCUUUUGUGAAAGAUAGGCGAUUCGCCAGUUGGAUUUCAAACGCCAGGGACUGGAACAUUUCAAGAAACCGUUUCUGGGGCACCCCCAUCCCUCUUUGGGUCAGCGAGGAUUAUGAAGAGAUCGUCCCUAUUGGAAGUGUAGAAGAAUUAAAGGAACUGAGUGGUUAUACUGGGGAACUGACGGAUCUCCACCGUGACAAGAUCGACCAUAUCACCAUUCCAAGCCGGCAGGGAAAAGGUGUGCUUCGCCGGGUCGAAGAGAUCUUUGAUUGCUGGUUUGAGUCUGGGAGCAUGCCCUAUGCCUCUCAACAUUACCCUUUCGAAAAUGCAGACGAGUUUCAUGCUUCUUUCCCUGGUGACUUCAUCGCGGAGGGGCUAGACCAAACACGUGGCUGGUUCUACACACUUACAGUCCUAGGUAUCCAUUUGUUUGGAAAGCUGCCAUUCAAAAACUGUGUUGUAAACGGAAUCGUUCUUGCAGAAGAUGGAAAGAAGAUGUCCAAGAGAUUGAAGAAUUAUCCCGACCCUACCUUGAUCAUGGAUCGGUAUGGGUCGGACGCUCUUCGAUUGUACCUCAUUAAUUCUCCCGUGGUACGCGCUGAGCCUCUGAGGUUUAGAGAAGUGGGUGUUAAGGAAGUUGUGGCGAAGGUCCUUCUUCCUCUGUGGAACAGUUAUAAAUUUUUCGACGGCCAAGUUGUACUUCUGAAGAAGGUCGAAAACCUCGAUUACGUCUUCGACCCAUCCAUGGAAGCGACCAACACAAACGUCAUGGAUCGAUGGAUCCUAGCGAGUUGCCAAAGCCUUCUUAAAUUUGUCAAUGAGGAGAUGGCCGGGUAUCGACUUUAUACUGUUGUCCCGCGACUUCUAGAGUUGAUUGAUAACACAACGAACUGGUACAUCAGGUUUAACCGUAGACGCCUGAAGGGCGAACUCGGUUUGGAGGAUACGAAACACGCGCUUAACACGCUCUUCGAAGUGUUGUAUACUCUAGUUCGUGGACUUGCGCCUUUCACCCCAUUUGUUACCGAUACCAUCUACCAUCGCCUCCUUCCUCACAUUCCUAAGUCGCUCCAAGGAGAGGACAACCGUUCAGUUCACUUUUUGCCUUUCCCAGAGGUUAGAGAAGAGCUGUUCGACGAAGUUGUGGAGAGGCGGGUCGCGCGGAUGCAGCGAGUGAUUGAACUUGCUCGCGUCUCGCGUGAACGCCGGUCAAUUGGUCUUAAAACGCCACUGAAAACCCUCGUGGUUGUCCACCAAGAUCCUCAAUACCUCGACGAUGUGCGGUCACUUGAGCAAUAUAUUGUCGAAGAACUCAAUGUCCGCGAUCUCGUUCUCUCAUCUGACGAAGCAAAAUACAAUGUCCAAUAUAGGGCCACAGCUGAUUGGCCUGUUCUUGGCAAGAAGCUGAAAAAGGAUGUGCAAAAGGUGAAAAAGGCGUUACCACUACUCUCGAGCGAGGAUGUUAAAAGCUAUGUUCUUAAUGGAAAGAUGUUAGUUGAUGGAAUUGAACUCAGCAAGGGUGAUUUGGUGGUUAAACGAGGUUUGAAAGAGGAUGAUACCUCUUCAAACUUCGAGACUAAUACCGAUGACGAUGUUCUCAUUAUCCUUGAUGUCGCUUUGUACCCUGAGCUUGCCCAUGAAGGCUUGACCAGAGAAAUUGUCAACCGCGUUCAAAGGCUCCGAAAGAAGGCUGGACUGGUUCCUACGGAUGACGUCAAGAUGGAAUACCGUGUUCUUUCCGACCCGAUAGUGUUGGGAUCAGUGAGUGUUUGGAAACACAGGCGGAGAGUAUCGAAAAGCACUGCGCAGACCAGUUGA